AUGAAGCUCUCCACCUCCGCAACCGCCGCCGCCCUCGCCGCCGCCUCGACAGUCACAGCACAAGCCCCCCACGGCCCCCCGGGCGCCUUUCCCGGCCCCUCCGCCGGCGGCUCUGAAUACAGCGCCUUCGAAUCCUGGACCUCCGCCGAAUCCAUCACCGCCUUCCCCACCGCCACCUCCGACUGGUCCUCCUUCACCUCAGCGCAUCCCAUUCCGUCCGAGCUCUCCGCGUACGCAAGCUGGUUUAGCGACGGGGUCCCGGCGGCUUGGGCGACGCAGACAAGUGGUCCGCAUGGGGGAUGGAGUCCCGGGAGUGGACGGGGGCCGUUUGGUGGAGGAGCGCCCGGGAAUGGGUGGGGGCCGUGGAAGAGUGAGGGGAGUUGGACGGAUGGGCCUUGGACGCAGUGGUGGGGUGAGAAUGGGAAUUGCCCUGAUUCUACCUGGUCUGGCUGGACAUCCGGCCCCUGGUCCACAGCCGCCCCUUGGACAUCCUGGUCCGGCUGCACGGCUUCCACCACCGCUACUUCGGUAGCGACUUCAACGGUUACGGAGAACGGCUCCACGGUUACCACGACCGCGACGCAGUAUGGUGUCAAUGUUGCUGCCGUGACGAAUGCGAAUGGCGAUGCGGCGGCGAGCUCGAGCAGUGAUGGGGCGGCGGCGCCUACUAGGAUGGGUAUGAAGGCUGGGGCUAUGGGGGCGAUGGGUGUGGUUGCUGGUGCGCUGCUGCUGUAA